GAUUCGUUCUAGAGACGCAGCAAUCGCGCUGUACGAUUAACUAAAACCGGGCAACGGUAAGUGGAGAGCAGUGAAGGAGCUAUAGCUCUGCCUUCGUAAGACAGCUGACGGAUAGCUCUUUCACCUACUCGGAUUGGAACGGUCGGCUCCUACGUUUAGCGGAGUUUUGGAGAUAUACAGCAUUGGGUUGUUCCAGUGCUGGGACGUGCCUUAAUGCCCCUGAGGGUGGGUGUAACGGAGUCGACUUUUCUGCAAGAGAGCAACAAAUCAACGGAUGUGUAACCAUGGCAACUUUGGGGCCCCGCCAACUCUCCAACGGUUUGGAGCCACACCCCAAACGGCAGCGCACCUCUCCCUCCCCUCCUCCGCUUCCCUCCUCACAAGAUGGGAGGGACUUCCUCAAUGAUUGCCUCCCCGACGACGAUGAGGACGCAACCUCUUCCCAACCUGCGAUGGUACACUGGAAGCGCCCCCCUCCCCCAAAAUUGGACCCCUCCUCGGACCCCCUAGUUUUCCAGCAAAUCGACAUCGACUACUACGUGGGGGCAAGUACGGUUCCGGGGAUGCCUGGAAUGGGAACUGGACCGGUACCGGUACUGAGGAUGUUUGGAGUGACUAGCGAUGGAAACAGCGUCUGUUCUCACAUCCACGGUUUCCUUCCAUAUUUCUUCGUCCCUGCACCGAGGGAUUUCUCAACUCAGCAUUGCGCAACAUUUCGAAGUGCUCUGAACACCGCGGUAAUGGGCGAUCUUCGGUCUAGCCGCGACAACAUACGGGAGGCCGUACUCGCCGUGGAGAUGUGCAGGAAAAGCUCGAUUUACGGGUUUUACUUCAACGAGAUGAGCGACUUCCUGCGGGUCACGGUGUCGCUGCCCAAACUGGUUGCACCGGCUCGAAGACUUGUCAGCUGCAUUUCUGUACCACCUUUUGGACAAAUUGAUUACCAGGUGUAUGAAGCAAACAUAGAUUUUGAAGUGAGGUUUAUGGUUGACACUGGAGUGGUGGGGUGUAGUUGGAUAGAGCUUCCGGCCGGGAAAUACCGGUUCCGGAACCAGUCUCAGACCUGUGGAACCGGCACCCUCAUCGGAGGGGGCGGGGCCUCUGAGAUGAAGCCACACCCACCGGUAACGAGGUGCCAGAUUGAAGUCGACGUUUCGUACGAGGACUUCAUCAGUCAUCUCCCAGAGGGGGAGUGGCAGGCAAUAGCUCCUGUGAGGAUCCUGAGUUUUGACAUCGAGUGUGCAGCAGAGAAAGGUACUUUCCCCGAGGCACAGCGAGAUCCUGUCAUUCAGAUUGCUAACGUCGCCGUGCUACAAGGCGAGACAGAGCCGUUUGUGAAGAAUGUUUUCACUCUUGGAAGAUGUGCCCCCAUAGCUGGAACGGAUGUGCGUGUGUUUGCGCCUGAGACCAAACUGUGUAUGUCUGAGGCCGAGCUGCGUAAGUAUGAGGCCGAGCUGCGUAAGUGUGAGACCCAGCUGCUGAAGGAAUGGGCUGAGUUUCUGCAGGAACUGGAUCCCGACAUCAUUACAGGCUACAACAUCGUGAACUUUGACCUCCCAUACCUCCUGAACAGAGCAAAAGCUCUAAAUGUGGACUCAUUCCCAUACCUGGGACGGGUCCGGGACAGCAGGACGACAAUGAGAGAUUCCACGUUUGAUUCCAGGGCGUACGGGAAGAGAGUCAACAAGAUUAUCAGUAUAGAGGGACGAAUUCAGUUUGAUCUGUUCCAGAUUCUACUGAGAGAUACGAAGCUUCGGUCUUACACCCUAAACUCAGUCAGCUACCAUUUUCUGGGUGAGCAGAAAGAAGAUGUCCAUCACUCUAUUAUCUCCACACUUCAGAAAGGGAAUGAGCAGACUCGUCGCAGACUAGCCGUCUACUGUGUGAAAGACGCAGUUCUCCCGAUCAGAUUGCUGGAUAAGCUGAUGUGUCUGAUUAACUACAUGGAGAUGGCCAGAGUAACAGGAGUACCGCUGGCAUAUGUACUGAGUAGAGGUCAACAGAUUAAAGUCGUGUCGCAACUUCUGAGAAAGGCGAGAGAAAAGGAUCUCCUGAUGCCAGUACACAAGUCUGAAGCACAGGAGGAAUACGCGGGGGCAACCGUUAUCGAACCCUCCCGUGGGUACUACAACAUUCCCAUAGCGACGCUGGAUUUCUCUUCCUUGUAUCCGUCCAUCAUGCAAGCUCACAAUCUGUGCUAUACCACACUUCUGUUCAAGUCCACAGAUAGAGAAAGGUUAACCCCGGACCAGUACAUUAGGACACCGUCGGGUAAUCAUUUCGUGAAGAGCUCAGUGAGAAAAGGGUUAUUGCCGGAAAUUCUGGAAGAUCUGUUGAGUGCAAGAAAAAAAGCGAAGGCUGAGUUGAAAGAAGAGAAGGAUUCAUUUCGUCGUAAGGUGCUGGACGGACGGCAGCUGGCUUUAAAGCUUAGCGCCAACUCCGUAUAUGGCUUUACUGGUGCUAACGUCGGGAAGCUCCCCUGCAUUGAAAUAUCACAGAGCGUGACGUCAUUUGGAAGACAGAUGAUUGAUCAGUCCAAAAACCUCGUUGAACGGAAGUACUGCGUCGCCAACGGUUACCCCUUUGAUGCCAAGGUGAUAUACGGCGACACGGACUCGGUGAUGGUGCGGUUUGGAGUCGGGACGGUGGCAGAGAGCAUGGAACUGGGACGAGAGGCUGCAGAGAUGAUAUCUGCGACAUUUCCUCAUCCAAUCAAAUUGGAGUUUGAAAAGGUCUGUCUCACAACCACACCCCUUUUCUUUUCUGUGGAAUGUUGACUUAACCCUUCUCUCCCUUUCAAAGGUGUACUUUCCAUACCUCCUUAUCAACAAGAAAAGGUUUGAUACACCCAUACUCCCAUACUUCUAAUAUUUCACUGUUUAUUGUCGCAAUCUCCUAUACCUUCAUUAUUCCAAACUCUCAUACCUCCAUUCUUCCACACUCUCAUACCUCCAUUCUCCCAAACUCUCAUUCUCCAAACUCUCAUACCUCCAUUCUCCCAAACUCUCAUACCCUCAUUCUCCCAUUCCCCCACUCCAGGUACGCAGGGCUUUUUUUCACGAGACCGGAGACCCACGACAAGAUGGACUGCAAGGGGAUCGAGACAGUUCGUAGAGACAACUGCCGUCUGGUGGCCCGGCUCAUCGACACCUGUCUCCACAAACUACUCCUGGACAGGAACCAGACGACGCACUGCGUAUGCCAAACAGAGAUAUCCGAUCCUCUGCAACCGAGGGUGGACAUAUCUCAACUGGUCAUCAGUAAAGAGCUCACUAGGACAAGUGGCAGCAAGGAAUAUGCCACGUGGACCUAACACUGGCUCAUGUUGAACUAGCUGAACGGAUGAGGAAGAGGGACCUGGCUCUGCCAAACCUUUGGCGACGAAAGAGUCUACCUUACGUCACUCAUUGUGCCGCAAGAAAGCACCACACCAGGCUACAUGCAAGUCUGAGGUAGGUGUAUGUGUGCCAAGAGAAAGUAGUCGAUUGAUCGUCCACUAUCUCGAAAACCAACUGCUUCAACCUCUUCUCAGGGAUAUUAUUGAACCAAUCCUCGAGAGGAAAGAAGGGUCAAGAAAACGAACUCUGCGUAAGUCUUUGAUGAUAGAUUAUCGAAUACUCCAUCUGCAAAACUGAUGGUAUUGGGUGUUCUACAUUGUGUGUGUUUCCGACGGAGAAGGAGGACAUACAAGUGACUGCGCACGCAAAUAGUCUAUCCCAAAAUACAGAAAAAAUAAUUUACAUAAGAGAGAAAUAUUGAGCAAGCUAUGUAACUGCACGUUUUUUUGCUAACUGGACAAUCAUCUAAUCUUUUAAUGGGUAUAAAGGUUGCUAAAGAUUUAAAAACCAGAAAAACGGUACUUUUCCUGUCCAUUCUUCCUGUCUUCCAUAUACAUGAAAUCUGUAAUGGUAAGAAAAAAAACUUGCACAACAUCUAAGAAAACAUUUUUCCUCUCUCCCUGUCCCUCCUCAAACGGCCAGCCACCCAUGAGUAAGUCUGUGGUACCGUCUUCCGGAGGCAGUGGAAUGCUGUUUAAAUUCACCAAGAAGAAACACAAGUGCAUCGGUUGUCGUGCCGUCAUUGACAGAGACGGUAUUGUUAAUUACGACUUAAGGCUUCUUUUGUUGUUAUUAGAAUCAACAGAGGGAACGAGUUAAGGUAAUAGGAAUCAGUGUUUCCAAAUCUUUUGAAUGCCAGUGAACUAACUUGGUGUCUAUAGGCUCUCUGAUUAUUUGAUGCAUACAUACAGUGAGAUAAUGGGCAUUGAUGUGUGACAGGUAAAGAAGGUGUUUGUGCAAGCUGCGCUAUUAGUUCAUGCGAAGGCUAGACCAUUUGGUGUCUCAACAUUCUCUACAGUGUAU